UUGCAAGCCUUUGAACGAUCAGCGACGACGGCGUUACUUUUGGCGCGGAUACAGCAGCGACACUUUUUUUCCGUUGGCAGGCGCCUCCUGUCACCAAACAAACAAAUCAACAAGCCAACAAACAAACAAACAAACAAAUAAACAAACCAAGCAGCAACAAACAAAAGCAUAAACAAACCAUAAACAAGCCAACCAGCAGACAAGCUAAAGCAAACAACAACUGUGCAUUUUUGGUUCGAGAUUCCUUUAAUUUCUUCGCUUACAUUUCUUUUUUUGCCUGUGUUCCUUAAACAAAACAAAAAAAAAAUAUUUAAAAAUAAUAUGCAUAUAUAUAAUAAGUAAGCACAAUAACCAGUGACAAUAAGAGCAGUGGAACAUUGCAACUCUGAAGAGCAAACAUCAGCAAACAUCAGCCGACGGCCGAGUGGGAAAAGUGCAACGCCGACGGACUCGAGAAAGAUACAGAUACAGAUACAGAUAGAGAUUAUACUCGUAGAUACGGAUAUCUGGGCGUUGGGCCAAAUGCUAAUGCUAAUCCCUUAGCGGUUUGCCCACUUUGCUUUUUUUCUGAGUGCGUGUGUGCUUGUGCUGUGCUGUGCUGUGCUGUGCUUGCCAAUCCAUGUCCAUGUCCUUUAUAUCUUCCUCCUAUACUCCAAACCAGUGAGCCUGUCCUGCAACAAUAGCCACAAAAAAAUACAUAAAGAAAAAAAUAGAUAGAAUACAAAAGAAAGCAAAACAAAACCGAACCCGAAACAGUUGCCUUAAAACCAUUGUGUGAGAACCGUUUUUAAGUGGCUGGAAAACAAAGCGAGUCGCCAAGAGAAAAAGACACCAUCAUUGUGCGCCUCAAAUUGACAGCAGCAGCAGCAGCGACAACUGCAUCUGCAACUGCAACUGCAACUGCAGCAGCAACAUCAGCGGCAGCCGCGGCAACAUCCAGUGCAAAUAUGCUAACGGACAUGACACCGACCGCCGGUCAGCUAUACGGCUCCCAAAUUCCGGCCAUGGGUAUGAACAUCAGCAACAUCGCCACACACUUGCAGAAGCCACAAGUUAAUCCGGACCAUCCCAGCCUGAGGGGAACCCCGCUGGCCAUGCUGGCCGCCCAGUGCAACAAGCUCUCCAACAAAUCCCCGCCCCCGCUGGCCGAUGCCGCUGUGGGCAAGGGCUUCCAUCCGUGGAAGAAGAGCCCCAAUUCCCCGGCAGCGGGUUCCAGCGGCUCCUCCGGCGGCGGAGGCGGCGGCGGUGGCCAGCACUCGCCCUGCGCCAUCUCAGCGGCCAGCUCGUCGAGCUCCAGCGGCUCCAGCGGAGGGGGAUCGAGGAGCCUCUCCUCCAGCGCCAGCACCAUGGUGAACAUCACAGCUAGCAUCUAUCCUUACAGUCGCCCCCUGGCCUCCUCCUGCGCGGCGGUGGGCGGCGGGGGAGCCGCCACCUCCUCCUCGUCGGGCGGCUCCUCCUCCUCCGCCUCCGGUUCGCAGUCCUCCUCCUCGGCAUCGGCGGUGGCAGCUGCGUACGGCGGCGAUCUCUACUUCCCGAACACCUCCACCUCGAACAUGGACAACCAUCACAUGCACCAGGGCCUCCUUGGCAAGGUGGAGGCCGGCGCUGCCGCCUUCGGUGGCGUCUACUCCCGCCACCCGUACGACUGGCCCUUCAAUGCGGUGACCCACAAGGAGGCGGCGGCGGCGGCGAGCGUCAAUUCCGGCUGGUGGGACAUGCACAGUGCCGCCGGCUCCUGGCUGGACAUGGGCGGUGCUGGGAUGCACUCCACCAUGGCCAACUACGCGAGCGAGAACUACAGCUCGGCGCUGAGCCACUCGCUCCUGGGAUCGGGCCAGCACCUCCUGCAGGACACCUACAAGAGCAUGCUGCCCGGCCAGGGCGUCGGCGUCGGCGUUGGCGUCGGUGUGGGCGUGGGCGUCGGCAUGGGCGGAUUCUCCCUGCCGCACAGCUCACCCUCAGCGGCAGCGGCAGCGGCAGUGACGGCGGCGGCGGCAGCGGGCGGGUCGCCACAGGGCGGCUCACCGUCAACGCCAUCGCCGCGCUCGCAGCGACGGUACGCGGGACGGGCCACCUGCGAUUGCCCCAACUGCCAGGAGGCGGAGCGCCUGGGACCGGCUGGCGUCCAUCUGCGCAAGAAGAACAUCCACUCGUGCCACAUACCAGGGUGUGGCAAGGUCUACGGGAAGACGUCGCACCUGAAGGCUCACCUGCGGUGGCACACCGGCGAGCGUCCCUUCGUUUGCAACUGGCUGUUCUGCGGCAAGCGCUUCACGCGCUCCGACGAACUGCAGCGCCACUUGCGGACGCACACCGGCGAGAAGCGCUUUGCUUGCCCCGUGUGCAACAAGCGCUUUAUGCGCAGCGACCAUUUGGCCAAGCACGUGAAGACGCACAAUGGCACCGCCGGCGGCCAUCAGGCGAAUGGCCAUGGCCACCACGGCCAUGGCCAUGGCCAUGGCCACCAUGGCAUGAAGAAGGGCUCCUCGGAGUCGUGCAGCGACUCGGAGGAGGCUGCCAACCAGUCCAGUGAGUCCAACGGUCUGGGCGGCGUGGCCAGUGGCCAGCAGCACGGUGGAUCCGGAUCCGGCGGCACGGUAACGGGAGCGGGAGGGGGAGCGGUAUCAGCGCUUUCGCUGGCGGUUGCGGGCGCCAUAGCCACUGGUAAUGGGGGAUCGAAUGGCAAUUCGAAUUCGGGCGGCUCGAGUGGCGGUGGCUCCGUAACCGUUGGCGGCGGCGGCUCGCUGGCCGGUUCCGUUUCCGUUUCCGUUGCGGGCUCCGGCUCUGGCAGCCAUCCCGGCACCCCGACCUCGCUGCACGGCCACAAUGCCAAUGGCACGCCCAGCAGCCUGCUGGGCGGCGGUCUGCACCUGGCCACGCCGCACCAAAUGGUCGCCGCGGGCGGUUCGCCGGUGAUGCUCCACCAGCAGCAGCAGCAGCAGCACCACCAGCAGCAGCAACAGCAGCAACACCACCAGCAGCAGCAACAGCAACACCACCAGCAACAGCAACACCAGCAACAGCAGCAACAUCAUCAGCAAUUCGGACAGCAGCAGCAACAGCAUCCACAUGCCCAUCACCUGCACCACCAUGCGCACCACUCGCACCACCUGGCCACCGGUGGGUCGCCGGGUCUGGACCCCAGCUCCCUGGUGGACAUAAAGCCACCGAUGGUUUGAGGAUCGCUGGGACCCUUCCUGUUUACCAACUAGAAAGGGCUCCCACCACCUGAAUAAACCAUAAAAAACACACAAUAUUAUAUAGUAUAUAUAUAUAUAUAUCACUUUGAUCCUGCGGUUGUACAUAUAGCCAGCAGAUGUCGUCUGUACAUAUUGAACAACAAAAAACAAAUGCAAAUCCGAUCUAUGUGUCUAUCGCGCUAAUCCCAGCACUAAAAUAAUAAAUAUAUAUAUAUAUAUAUAUUGCUUAUAGCCUAUUUGUAGUCUAAGCCAUUUCUAGAAUAUCUAGUUGUCCCCCAGAUGCGAGGAACGUUUUUUUUUAAUCGACUUUUUUUUUGACUAGCCCUAUGGAUAUGUAAUUUUUUCAUAGCUCAUAAGCAUACGUACAUAUAUAAAUAUAUAUAUAAACGACAUUAACCAAGAGACAAGCUUCGAGCACCACAAAAACGAGAAAAGAAAAAACAAUGAUAAUGAAAAUGAAAAUGAAAGGAUAAACAAUUAUGCAAUUCUAAAUGGAGAAACCUAAAUAUAUAUUAAUAAAGUAUAUGUAUGGAUAUUGAGCGGGGGAAAAACAUCAUAAAUAUAUUUCUAGUCCAAUUAUGAAGUGUGAGCGAACCAAAAUUGUAAAUGAAAACAAAAAAAAAAAAAGAAACGAAAAGAACGAUGAGCAGGGGGAAGGGGGAUUUACACUCUAGCCCUUGUAAAUUAGCGUAUGUCCCUCAUUUAUUUUUGCUAAUCCCAUUUAAACCAAGACGAUCGAGGAUAUCUUAGACGCUAGUGCUUUAAUCGACCCAACUAGAACCCAAGCUAAACCUAAACUAAAUGUGUUUUUUGUUGUUUUAUUUGAACUAGGCUUAGAGCAGAUACUUAGAUACUUAGCACACUCACACACACACACACACACACAGAAACCCGAACACAAACACACACACACAUACACAAAACACACACAAACAGCACGGAUGCAAAGAGGACUUUGGCCAGUCCUCCGAAAAACGUAGGCCGCAUCAGCAAUUUAUCAUCUUCGAUUACUUUUUUUUGUCUAUGUAAAUUAAUUAUUUAAAAUACGAAUAAACUAUUUAAAUUUCAUUCAAAAUAAAUGUACAACAAAACGCUCCGA